AACUGCGUUAGUUGUAUCACACAUUGAGACUGGAGAAGACUGCUGAGUGGUCUCUCCGUCGUGAAAAGUGCGUCAGAUAAUUAUGUACUUCUUUAAUGGGAUAGUGAAAUAGUGUGAUGUGACGUAGAGUAUGUUCUCUAUUUAAUUAUACAUUUGCAAGUGUAAUCGAUAACGUAAUUUUUUUUAGUUAAGUUUCUUCUCAGUGACAAGGCAAGAAUAAGUGAGCGAAAGAAUUCCUCAAUACAAUAGGAAGCUUUCUAAAUAAAAUUCUCUUUUUAUUGACAUUCAGUUAGAAAUAUAAAUAUUUCUUCAAUUUUAAAAUAUAUAAAUUUAAAUUCAUAAGAAAGUGGCAAGUGUUGUUGAUUUGCGAUAAAAGAAAACUCAAACGAUCCCCAUCUCUGUGUACAUUUAUGCGAUAAGAUGUUUCAGAGUUUUAUCAAUUCCCUCUCUUUAAAUGUGUAUGUGGUGAUAGUGAUACUGCUAUCAAUUGCUGGCAUUUGGGCUAUCAUAAGCUGGAGUUACGACAAUCUUAGGUCACUGGUGCUUAUUCUAAAAGCAAUUCUUACACCGUACUUCCUGCCACAGGAAAACCAAACAAUUGCAGAAAAAUUUGGGAAUUGGGCAGUGAUCACAGGUUCAACGGAUGGAAUUGGGAAACAAUAUGCCCGCGAGUUGGCCAGCAGAGGCAUAAACGUUGUUUUAAUUUCGAGGACAGAGAAGAAACUGGUAGAGGUGGCAAAUGAAAUAGAGCAGGAGUUUCAUGUUAAAACUAAAUGGAUUGCCGCAGAUUUCAGCAAAGGUCGUGAUAUUUAUCCUCGUAUCGAGGAGGAACUGAGGGGUAUACCCGUAGGAAUUCUGGUUAACAAUGUGGGUCGCAUGUACGACGGUCCUGAUAACAUUGGCCAUAUACCGGAGGAUCUUCUGUGGGAUAUGGUGAAUAUCAAUUGUGGUGCUGUGACGAUGAUGACACGUCUUUUGCUCCGCGGUAUGGUGGACCGGCGAAAGGGUGCCAUCGUUAAUAUAUCAUCUGGUAGUGAAUUGCAACCUAUGCCGUAUAUGGCUGUCUACGGAGCAACCAAGGCUUAUGUGCGAAACUUCUCUCUAGCCAUCCGUAAUGAAUUGGCGCCGUAUGGAAUCACAGUACAGCUAGUCUCUCCAAUGUUUGUUGUCACAAAGAUGAAUCAAUAUUCCGAGAGACUCAUGUCCAGUAAUAUCAUGGUUCCCAAUGUCGAAAUGUACACACGAAGUAUGGUCUUCACUUUAGGAAAGACAGAUCAGACAACAGGAUAUUGGUCCCAUGCGGUUCAGUAUGCUUUCAUGAAGAUGGUUCCUGAAUGGGUCAGACUUAUGAUUGCCACGAGGAUGAAUUCAAGUCUCUCAGCAGACUACUAUGCUCAAAUGAAACAUAAGAGAGAUGACAACACUGAAACAAUUACGUCGUUUUAAUUGAUAUGACGAACAGAAAAUGGAGAGAAACUGUGUUGAUCCUGUUGUGAUUAAUAAAACCUAUUUAUAAAUUAACCAGUUGAAAUAAACAUCCACAAUAUUUCAGACA